AUGGAGCAACUCUCGCCCACCCAGACCUACGACACCAUCGUCAAGGACCCUGCCGACUUUGAGGACUAUGCUGCAGGCGGCGCAUCCCACAACAAGGCUGGCUUUGAACGGGGUGAGGUAAUCAACAUCGAUGCAGAGGGCGAGAACCGCUGGCGGCCUCGCUGGAAGAAGCACUUUGGCAUCCAGCGCAAGAGGCAGAGCAGCAGCCAGGAGCAGCCGCAGUACAGAGUCUACAAGAGGCGCUGGAUCGGUCUGUGGCAGUUGGUGCUGCUCAACAUUGUCAUCAGUUGGGACUGGUUGACUUUUGCUGCAAUCUCCACAACGUCAUCACUUUAUUUCGACGUACCGGAAAGCACAAUCAACUGGCUCUCUACCGGCUUCCUGCUCGCUUUCGCCGUCUCGUGCCCCCUGACCGUCUAUCUGCUGCACAAAGGCCCCAAGCAAUCCAUCAUCGCUGCAUCCGUCCUGCUGCUCGUAGGCAACUGGAUCCGCUAUGCCGGAACCGUUGCCAGCGACAAUGGCGUUUUCGAGCUGGUCAUGGUAGGCCAAAUCUUGACCGGACUGGCACAGCCCUUCGUCUUGGCCGCACCAACACGAUACAGCGACAUGUGGUUUACCGAGAAGGGGCGCAUGGGAGCGACAGCAUUGGCAAGCUUGGCCAAUCCUCUUGGUGGUGCUAUCGCCUCCAUCAUCAACCCCCUCAUAGGCACUGUCCCUGACACGGUGCUCAUGGUAUCCAUCAUUGCAUCCGUGGCAUGUGUCCCAUCCCUCUUGGUCCCCGCAGCGCCUCCUACACCACCCUCCGCCUCAAGCACCGUGUCCAAGAUGCCCAUUAUGCAGUCUGUGCGCCUCAUGAUGCGCAACCCCUCCUUCUACAUUGUCUUCCUCACCUUCAGUGCCUACGUCGGCAUCUUCAACUCCUUCUCCACCCUGCUCAACCAGAUCCUGUAUCCCUACGGCUACUCGGAAGACGAGGCCGGCCUCUGCGGCGCAGUCCUCAUCCUCGCCGGCCUUGUCGUGUGCGCCAUUGUGAGCCCAAUUAUCGAUCGCACCCACGCCUACCUGCUCAGCAUCAAGCUGCUAUCUCCCAUUAUCGCAGGCUCAAUCCUCGCCAUGGUCUGGGCGCCCCAGACCCGCACAAUCGUUGCCCCUUACCUGCUCAGUGGCGUGCUGGGCGCCGCCGCCUUCUCCCUGCUGCCCGUGGCCCUCGAGUACAUGGUCGAAAUCACGUUCCCGGCAAGUCCGGAAAUCAGUUCGACCAUCUGCUGGGCCGGCGGCCAGGUUGCAGGCGCCGUCUUCAUCAUCAUCAUGGAUGUGCUCAAGGAUGACCGUCCCGUCGACUUGGAGGAAGUCAGGAAACUUGGCAGGGGAAACGCCCAUGGUGUGGGUGACAAGCCGCCUGGAAACAUGUUCUGGUCACUCGUCUUCCAGGCCGUCGUUGCCAUGGCCAUCCUGCCCUUGCCGCUCGCGCUGGGCAUCAAGAUGCUCGGCUUGGAGACCAGGGAAGGCAGGCUGAAGACAGAUGUCGGGAACAGCAACACAGCUGUGUUGACUCCUGAGGAAGCUGCAUAG